AUGAGUGUCGCCCGGCUUAGCGAUCUGCGCUUCCUGGGAGUUGGGAGGAGCAGUGGAGCGCAUCCUCGAACUCCACCCCACGAUCCAGCUAGCCAAGUUGCACCAUUCUCACGGAGUCAUGAACUUGACGCUGUGGAGAGAGUACUGGUAGAUGCCAUCGACAAUCAGAUCGACCCCUUGAUCCAGACAAUCCCGGGCGUGGAGGACCGCCGUACCCUAAAGGUGUAUGGCGAGAUAUCUCUGUUGCUUCGCUUUAUCGCCCAAGAUUGGGAGCUGGGCGCGAAGGUCCUGAGUGACAUCAGGGAACACUACUCAGAAUUGCUGGACAAGCUGUACACUCACAGGAGCGACUCAAGCCGGAUCACCACGGUCUACAUCGCAGCCAUUGAGGAGCAUAGCGAUCACCUCGAGCCUUCUUUCAGCUGGUUUAUUAAAGCACUUGACAUGGCCUUCCACGACCCGACCUGGGAAGAUGAAGCACUGCUGUUGUUCCUUGAACAGGGCCGGGCUCGAGCACUCCUCGACCUGUUGGCCCCAGAGGACAUGUCUGAAGACUUCCUUGACUGGUCGCAUCGACUACGGACGGAGAAGCUUGAAUGCGGAUUGGCAAUACCACUGUUCCGCAAGGGAAUCGAACUAGGACGGCCUAGCUACUUCACCGACCAGCGGAUGGAGCGGCCCGACUUGCAAUACCUGAAGCUCUUCAAGAAUGUCGAUAUUUACAAUUUGCCUUCCAAGACGGAGUACCAAGGUCUGCGGGAAGAGCUGUCGGACGAAAUCAUUAGCCCGGCGCGUCAGCUCAUUGACGACAAUACAAAGGAUCACGCGGCGAUACGCGCGGCCGUCGUCUACAAAACCCUGGUCAAAAACAACCCGCGCGUUCCGCGCUCAACAUCGGGCGCCGCGGCCAUCGAGAUUGCGUUUCGGCUCAGCUGCCGGGCGGCACACAAGGCCAGCCCCGAGACGUUUAGACGGGGGUACGAGACAUCAGACAUCAUCGUUAUUGGCACUCGUAGCUUACAAAGCGGCGCUUCGGCCCGCGCGUUCAGUAUCCAGCUGCGGGAGCUACUGAGGAUGCUGGACCUGCGUUGGCAAGGGCUCCUUGGGAAACGACAUGCUGGGCUUUGCACGCUCGGUCCUCUCGUUAGACGAGGGGCCUUUCUUGGUGUCCUGUGGGAGAUCUCAGACAAGGCAUUGGCCAUGCUCAUGUCGUUCCUCUUCCAAGAGCUCACUGAGGUCGUGGCUCCUACUACUACGAGUACUCAAGCCUCGGCCAGUGAGACUUCUCUCGCGACUGUUUACGAAGGGCGCAGAUCAGACUGUGCCACACGGAUACCCCUACCGCCAAGGCAGUUCCGGGAGACUACAGAGCUGCAUACGAAGGUGGCGGUGAGCAGUCAGAUUAUUCUCAUCCUUUCUUUGGGCGCCAUUCAUUCUGGUAGGCCAUGGGCGCAGAGAAUUGAAGAUCUCGCGCCCUAA